CAGUGAUAGUUGUACUAGAUAACUUGAAAGAUGGAAAAAGCGACUUGACUUACAACACUAGGACAGUUUUGUGACAGAAGAAGAAUCUGAUACAGGAAAUAUAACCCUAAAGCCUAAAAAGUGACUUUGAAAUUGCAUUAUGGAUUCUUCAUAUCUGUCUUUGCUUCAGAUCAUCACCACUUAGACAAACGACACAGCAAGCGGUACGUUUCCUUCACCUCAAAGUGGAUUAAUGGAUUAUCUCGCUUCUCGUGUCACAAGAUGAGAAAAAGGCGUUAAGAGUGACUUUACAUGGUGCUGUGAAUAGUUACUGCAGAACGCUGCAACUUUCUGGAAACUCUUCCAUAAGACCCGCGGGAAGCAGAGGAUCAAACUUGUAUUGACGGAUUCUGAAAACGGAAGUUUCUUUGACACAUCUCUGCAUUUAUUAUAUUUCCGUUAUGGCACUUCGUGCAGAUAUCGUUUUAAAUAGCGAGACUGAAAAUAACAUUCUUAUCCGGUUAAAUAAUACAACCGCGUACAAAUAAAUGCGGAAGAAAUUUGCUUUUGCGUGGGUUUAUCAAGUUUUAGUUUAGCCGGAUAACCAUUUAUGGGAGUUAAAAGCAUGUUUUCUUAAGGAAAUGUGAACCUUUCCUACUGGCUACAUAAAUGCCGCCAUUGUCAUUUGGGUUUUUGCCUGAAAGGAAAAAAUAUCUGCAGCUCUACAUGUGAGUACAAGUUGGACUAAUAUUUAACAAAUUUUUGGUCGGUUUGGAGGAGGAGCUUUCGAGGAGAAAAGCACCACAUGUUUUCUUGGAUCAUGGUCAUGGAGAACAUGCAGAGGUCUGCGGUUCUGCUCUGUGUCUUGGCCGUGGGACUUGCUUUCUGUGGAAUUUCGUCUGCCUCAGACAGAUAUGUGUCCUUGAAUGAACACCAAACAGACAAUACCACCUUGUCAGCACACCUUCACCCCAAGCUAUACUUUGAUCAGACAGAAUUGCGUUUGAUGAAACAGAGGGCCACCACCACACAUAGACACAUAUUUAAAGUUAUUCGUAAUGCUGUUUCUGUUAUGUUAUCCAAUGCAGCUGUUUACCAGCCUCCGGUGAGUCAUGAGGAUUUCGGCAAGAAAUGGAAUGAGAUUUAUGGUAACAAUUUGCCCCCUCUUGCACUAUACUGUCUGCUUCAACCUGAGGAUGCUACUGCCUCUCAGUUUUUGAUUGAGUACAUGGACCGAAUGGUGGAGUAUCCAGAUUGGACGGUGUCCAGUGCGCCAAAUGAUGAGGUUCCCAUUGCCCACUCUCUCACUGGAUUUGCCACGGCGUAUGAUUUCAUUUACACCUUUCUUGACACCCGCAGAAGAUUGCGAUAUCUCAGGAAAAUACGAUCUGUUACCGUGGAGCUUUUCGAGCUUUCCAAGCACAGAGGAUGGGGAAAGCAGUUUCUACAGAACCACCAGACAACUAAUAUACUAGCCAUUCUCAUUGGUGCUCUUGUGGCAGGGGAACAUAAUGACCCAGAGACCAUGAUAUGGAAGCAAAUAUCAGUGAACUACAUGGAAAAGACCAUGUUCCUUCUUAGCCACAUUGUUGAUGGCUCUCUCGAUGAGGGUGUUGCAUACGGUAGCUACACAGCAAAAUCCAUCACUCAGUAUAUUUACUUAGCGUUGCGUCAUUUUCAGAUAGACAACACACAGAACAACUGGCUCAGAGCUCACUUCAUGUUUUACUUCGCUACACUGCUUCCUGGAUUUCAAAGAACGGUUGGCAUUGCAGACUCCAAUUACAACUGGUUCUAUGGGCCAGAGAGCCAGCUUGUAUUUCUGGAUGCAUACGUGAUCCGAAAUGGCUCAGGAAACUGGCUGGCAGAGCAGAUUAGGAAGCAUCGUCCAAAAGAUGGACCCAUGAUGCAAUCAGCAGCCCAACGCUGGGCUACUUUACAUACAGAGUACAUAUGGUUCGACUCUGCUUUAACUGCACUGCCUCCACCUGACUUUAACAAAGCAACCUUGCACAUUUUCUCCAACUGGGGUGUGGUGACAUAUGGGGCAGGGUUACCUCAAGCUCAAGGUAAUACCUUUGUGUCAUUUAAAUCUGGAAAAUUAGGAGGGCGAGCAGUGUAUGAUAUUGUCCAUGCACAACCUUACUCUUGGGUAGAAGGCUGGACGAACUUUAACCCCGGGCACGAGCACCCUGAUCAAAACUCCUUUACUUUUGCACCAAAUGGAGUGGUGUUUGUUUCUGAGGCCUUGUAUGGCCCUAAAUACAGCUAUCUUAACAAUGUGCUGGUAUUUGCCCCCUCUCCCACCAGCCAGUGUAAUCAGCCAUGGGAAGGACAGUUGGGGGAAUGUUCAAAGUGGCUACGAUGGGGAGAAAAGGAAGUCGGGGAUACUGCUGGGGAGGUCAUUGCAGCUUCAUCGCAUCAGGACAUGUUGUUUGUGAGUGGAGAGUCUGUGUCGGCCUAUUCAUCCGCCAUGAAGCUAAAGAGUGUGUAUCGCGCACUUGUGCUUCUCAACUCUCAAACAUUACUUGUGCUGGACCACAUUGAGAAACACGAGCGCUCCCCUCUCAGUUCUCUCAGUGCGUUUUUUCACAACCUUGACAUUGAUUUCAGGUACGUUCCUCACAGAUCAUUUGGAAAAUACAAUGGGGCUCUGAUGGAUGUGUGGGAUGCACAUUACAAAAUGUUUUGGCUGGACGCUCAAGGAUCCAGCCCUGUUGCCAGGAUACAAGAGGCAGAACAGGCUGCUGAAUUCAAAAAGAGAUGGACGCAGUAUAUAAACGUGACCUUUCCCAUGGAGAACACUGUCACUAGAGUGGCUUAUUUGAUGCAUGGCCCAUACGUCAAGGUCUCGGACUGUAGAUUCAUAGACAACAGUAAAAAUGGAGUCAAAAUAUCAGUGACUCUUAAUGACACAGAGACUGUUGUGUCAGUUGUAACAAACUACGAAGACAUUGAGGCCAGACAUGGCUACUUGGGCUUUGCAGGCUUUGCUAAAACAGAAGACAACAGAAGAAUAGUUCAGUUUGGGCGGGGAAUUCAAACCUUGCCAAGUCAAGUCACAAAAGAUUUUGUGUUUGACUUUGGAUUGGUGGUAAACAUCUCUGCGGUGUUGACUUUAUGUUUUGCUGUAGCUUUCUUAAUCAAAAAAAGGAAGUUUCACGUGUCGUUUAAUAUGCUAAUUCAUUGCACUCUGGUCUGUGUGUUGUUUUUGUGGGUGACUGAACUUUUGUCUCUUUUUUAUGGCUGCGAACAGCUCUUGUGCAAUGUUAAGUCAAAAGACAGCAGCAUAUAUGAUGGAACAGACUCUAGCGUCCAUGACCUCCUCCCAAUCAUCACGAUUACAUCCAUGCCAGGCUCGGGUGCAGAGAUCCUUCAGCACCUUUUCGAUAACAGCUCUGACUUUGUAUACCUUCGGAUCCCUUCGACCUACCUGCGGUUCCCCGUUUCUCCUUUCGUCUCUCUGGUGGACGCUUGCGAGUGGUCCAAAGCAGAUGCGCAAAAUGGACGAUUUCGAGUCAUUCAGGGAUGGUUCCAUUCCAUAGUCCACAAUGUGAAACUGCACCUGCAAAACAUUCAGUUGCACCAGAGCAAUGAUGAAACAGAGAACAAAGUAAAAGGUCAAAGAAAGAGAAGGAUGCUGCUGUCAGAGCAAACAAGGACAGGGGGUGGCAAGGGUACCCAUAUGGACAUCGCAUACAUACAAGAGCUCAGACAGCACCUCGUAAAGUAUCCAAACGCCCGGCCAGUGUUGAACAUGGGCAGUGGAGGCUGGUUCUUGAAGCUGCCGUAUCUUCAAGAGGUCAUAGGUCGCUCACUUCACUCAGUUCAUGUGGUCAGAGACCCUCGUGCAUGGAUUUAUCUAAUGCUGUACAGCAGCAAACCAAGCCUGUACUUACGUAAGAAUAUUAAAAGGCACAUCGUCAACAUUUUUAAGCAGAACAUUGAUGGUGUGGAUCAGGGUUGUGCUAUAGUGAACUCACAGUUCCUUUCUUUAAAGAAGAUCCUCUCCCAGCCAGAUCCCAACCCUGUACAGCUGCUAGCUCAGCUAUGGCUGGCUCACAAUUCAGCAGGGCUCAAGGUGAGUGCAAGCCUCCCCCCACAAACUUACCUUAUAGUCAAAUUUGAAGACGUUGUAUACUUUCCUGAAGAGACAGCGAGAAAGAUACAUAACUUUCUUGGAAUACCAGUUGCACCAGCUGCGUUAAACCAGCUGACAUUCGCCACAUCUACAAAUUUGUAUAAUCUGAUAUAUGAAGGAGAUAUAUCACCUGCCAAACUCAACAUGUGGAAGGACAAUAUGGCUGUAGAUGAGAUCAAACUCAUUGAGGACACAUGCUGGCCUGUGAUGGAGAGGCUGGGUUAUAAAAGACAUACAGUCAGUCAUUCUUUUUUGUAAAUGUUUUUGCAUUUUUCAUACUGUGCCUGAAGAUUAUAUAAGUAGACUAUGUCAGUAUGAUUCCUCUAAAUGCUGCCUUCUCUGCAAUCAGUCAUAUGAUUUCAGCAUAUUUUAGCAAUGUUUAUGUAUUAUUUAAAUCUUCCAGACAAAACUGAGGCUAGAAUGUCUAGAUGUGCUAAAGAACAAAAAGUGAUUACUCACCAUUGAAGAUGGGGAACAGAUGCAAAACUUGGAUCACAAAUACAUUCAGUUUGACUGGAAGACAAAAUGAUGGUAUUUCCCUCCAGAUGGGCGGCUAACAAUAUUUUUCAGUGUUGCGUUGUGAGAUAUGUUAUAAUUAUGUUAUUAUAAGUGAACUGAAUGUUAUUUUCAUAAUCAUUUUUACAGCAAGAGAACUUAUUGAAGAGUAAUGUUUAAAAACCCCAAAAUUGUGAGUCUGCCUCAUCACAAAUUCUAAGAAAAUAAGUAUGAUUGAUGAUGAGGUGCCAGUUCAUAAAUGUGCAAAAAAAAUGUUCACUCUGUGACUGUACAACCAAAUCACUUUAUUGACUUGAAGGGACAAAGGUCUUAACACAUCAAUUGUCUUUUUUUGGUAUGUGAAUAUGUUUUCUGUUGUUUCUUUGCAUCUUUAUAUAAACUAUAUAUCAAACACCAACAGCAAAUCCAUCUUUCUUUUCUGAAAAUUGUAUCUUUAGGUCAUGAUGUAAUCAUAAAUGGAACAUUUAAUAACCCAAACAAGUAAAACCACAAAACAUCAUAUUUCUCAUCUUAAUGGGUAAAUUUUAAUGCAGUUUUAAGAGACAACUAAUGUGAAAUGUUUUAAAAGCCAACAAUGCAAAUGGA